CAGUGCUGCAACUGUUGGAUAUGUUAUGAAACCUUCUCGUGAAGAAGAUUUUGCUAAGAGGAGUGCAUUCCCUUUGUAUCCUACUCAAAAUGGAUUGAUGUUCUUGCCCCUCACCUUUGAGCUUCCUUUAGCACCUCAGUUGCAAGAAGUUGACAUAGUUCUCCACAAAGCAACUGAUGAAAUUGUAUCCAUUGAAUUGAGCAGUUCUACAAACUUCUCUGAAAGAAUAUCUUACACCAGGGGCAUGCAGGAAUUGCAAAGAUAUAUGGAGCAUCAACCGGAUUGCUGUGUGAUUGACCCAUUUAAUAACAUUUACCCUGUAGUGGAUCGGCUGAAAAUUCAAGAGAUUCUCCUUGGGCUGGAGGCUCUUAAUACUGAAGGCCACUGUACCAUCAAGGGGCCCCCAUUUUCUCAAGGUCUUAUGUCUUGAUGGUAUUUUUGUUAUGCUUGUAACAACUGCUACUGCAAAUUAAUAACAAACAGCCUGGAUGAUUUACUUGUUUAUAUAUACUAUGCAAACUUUUUUGUAAUUGGCAAC